AUGCCCAAGCUUUGUGAUUUGCAAGUCCACGAAAGCGAUAAUGACUUAGCUUCAUUUCUUUUGCAGAAGGUUAUAUCAAGAUACUACGCCGGGUUGAAGAAAAUCAUCGAUCAACGAAGGAGACGAAGCCCUCAUCAGAUCAAUAACUUGAGGAUUGAAAUCGAUGAUUUCCCUGGAGGCCCGAAUGGGUUUGAGCUGGUUUGCAGAUUCUGUUACAACAAUGGCAGAAUCCCGAUCACUCUAUCCAAUGUGGCUCUCCUCCAUUGCUGCUCUCUUCAUCUCGGAAAGGAUGAUGAAAUGCUCUCUGACAAUCUCCUGCGACAAACAGAGUCAUUUCUUGAGGAAAUCUAUUGCUGGAAAUGGAAAAACUUGCUCGUCAGUCUACGGAAUUGUGAUCUAUUUUAUGACUAUGCAGAAUCCUAUGGUCUUCUGGACAAGUUCAUUUGUGCACUCUUAGCAAAGAUUGCCCAAAACUCAUAUACGAACCCCCUUAGCACCUCCUCGUCUUCUCCAGAAACUAGUUCUGCCAAGAGAUUCUCUUCUUCAACCAAAGCUAUCCCAGAAACCACCAGGUCAAUGCUACCAACAAAAGCAUGGUGGUUUCAGGAUUUGGGUCAUCUACCGCCUAAGAUCAUUAAGAAACUUGUUCAGAAUCUUAGGGCAUAUAAAACAAAUAACACAAACUUGAUGCUCACCAGAUUUCUUCUUCAUUAUCUAAGAGCAUCGACUCAAAUCAGAGGCAAAGAGAGCUAUUGCAGAGCUAGAAACAGAAGAGAGUUUGUAGGUCUUGCAGAAACAGCAGCCCGUGGAGUCAUAUUAGUCGGCAAGGAGUCCUUCUCUUGCAGAGGACUGUUUUGGGUAUUGAGGAUUGUAUCUAGGUUUGGGUUGGGAAAGGAAUGCAGAAUGGAACUGGAAAAAUUGAUCGAUGGGAUGCUUGAUCAAGCCACGUUAGACGAUUUGCUGGUUUCCGGUCAUGAUAUGGGAGUUUAUUACGAUGUUGAUUUAGUGAUAAGAUUGGUUAGAGUGUUUGUUAAGAUCAAUGAAGCUGAAUCUGAUGAUGGGCUAUCUGUACUGAAACUGAAGAAGGUUGGCAGAUUGAUUGACAAUUAUCUGCGGGAGAUUCCGGACCAGAACCUCAAGAUCUCUAAGUUUCUGGGAGUUGCAGAGUGUUUGCUAGAUAGUGCCAGGGAUUGCUUUGAUGGGGUUUACAGAGCCAUUGACAUCUAUAUCGAGUCGCAUCCAGGAAUGGGAUUUGAGGAGAGAUCAAUAUUGUGCAGAUGCCUUAAUUACAAGAAACUGACCCUCCCGACGAGCAAAGAUGUUGCCAGAAAUCCCAGAAUCCCCCCUAGGAUCACCAUGCAGGCUCUCAUUUCUCAGCAAUCAAAGCAGGAUAUUGGUAUUGAGAGUACUGGACAAGACAUGAGAUUAGACCUCGAGAGAAUGCAAUGCAGGGUCAUUGAAUUAGGGAAGUUGUGUAGGGAGAUCAAUGGCCAGAUAUCCACCUUACUCAUUCAUCCUUCUCGCGUUAGAGCCAUCCCCAGAUUUUGUUGAUUAUCUAUCAUCACAUACUCGUACACAUGCAUCUCCGAUUGUAUAAAUAUGUAAUUUUUGUUGGUGACACUGGCAGAAACGCAAACGAUGAAGUACGAAUUACUUGAGUCAUGCCCGAAAGGACACUGUCCUUAAUAACUAUCCCGGCACACCUUCCGACGACCGGCAGUUCUCCAGGAUUAAACAAGCACUUCCUCGACGAAACGAGGGAACAAAACAAUAGAGACUAAAAGUAAACACAGACGAAUAGACAGAGGGAGGAGAGAACCCUGAAAACUCAAGAGGAUUGUAUUGCUCUGUCUGCACCCAUGGCUAUAUAUAGCCUGAAGGUGGAGACAUGAACGUUGGGGGGUCACCACCGGAUUAAAGGCUCGGUUAUACUGUCAUAAAAAUCAUUUAAACACUUGUUUGGAAACGUUGGGGUUGAUUAUAUAGAUUGUACUACACUUCAUCAUUUACUAAGUUUUUAGAAUAUUAUUAAUUAAAAGAUCUUUAGCCAACAACUAUCCUCAAUGGUAGAAAUUAUUAGUAUAAAUGGUAAUUGUGUAUUGAGGUUGAAUGCCGAGUAUACAAAAUUUCAUGUGGCUUAUAAUCUGUUUGAGAAUAUGUUUUCUUACUUGAAACUGUGGAUGGCAUAGAAUAGUAGUUAAUGUGAUAUUGUUGCUUAAAAGGGAAGAUUAUUGUUAUGUGGGACAUUAUUUUAAAAUGCCAUAUCACAAACAUUUCAUGGCCUUGUUGACUACCUUAGCUAUGAAUUUUUACUUAAACCCUGCUAAUGGUUUGGUUUUUUAAAAGGUUUACUAAAGAGUUGUUGAGUAAGGCGUUUGUCACGAAUUGGUGUUAUUUUUGUGCAUUCGGUGAGAUUUUAAAGUAGUUAGCUAGCUUACAUGGUGUUUUAGAUUAAUUGUUGUUGCUCACCGUAAGUGCAUGGAUCGUAGUAAAUAAUAUAAGAAAAGUAAAGUAUCAUUCUCUCAAUAAUUUGUCUAAAAAUGAUGAUUAUCAAGUAAAAGAUUAAGUAAGUUCAACUAAAUUAAGCCAAACAUAAUUAGGAAAAAGUUGAUUUUACAAACUAAACUAAUACUAGAAAAUAGAAAAAAGUAAUUGAUUCACACACUUUAAACACAAAUUGAGUCCUAGAAUUAUUUAUCCCCCUUGCAUUUCAUAACACCAAAAUUAUCUCAUCUCAUAAAUGCUUUUAAUAAAGAUAAGUGCUAAAUUAGAGUUCUAAAAAUACUUGGACAAACUCUCUCAAGCCAUGAACAAGUAUGUAGUUAAAUUAAUUACCCAAUCUCUUAUUAUAAUUAAUAAAAUUCAAUUUUAAACACCAACCCUAAUGUGGCUAUGCAAGGCUAGCAAGUAUAUCUCUAUCUUAUUAGCAAAACUAUCCAUUCAACAUGUAAAUAUCAAGUUCUUGCACUAUUUUACCCAAGUUCUAUAUUCAACCUAGCCCUCUCAAGCAUCAAUCAAGUAAACCCAACAUUUAAAUGGUAGCCAAUCACUUAGAAGCAUUAAGAAAAGAGUAAAAUAAACACAUAUAUAUCAUUAAUCAUUAGAAGAGAGGAGGAACUUCAUGUUCAUCCAUACAAGGGUUCCAAAUAAUCCUAGAACAAAGAGUUUAACUACUCAUAAUCAUCCACAAACUGUAAAUAUAUAAAAAAAAUUGGACCCAUUUCAGAUUACAAAAGAGGAAAGGGAAGAGGAAUGAAAAAACCAAAGAAAAUGAGCUCUAAAUGUCUUCAAAGCUUCAAUCUCUUGAUCUUAACUCUUCCAAUACCCAAAUCCUAACACGACCAAGCUCUAAAUGUGUCUAAAAUUGAGUAGAAUAACUUCUGGGUUGAGCUCUUUGAAUAUAAGUGUCCCACUCAAUCAAUUUUAGAUUUAAUAAAAUGUAACAUUUUUCUGACAGUGGUGAAAGUCGCAAACAAAAAUCACGACUUUGGAACAACUUUGACAAUUUUACACUAUUUUUGCAGCUAACAAAAUUAUUCACUGUGUUUGAUUUCUUCAUCCAAAAGCCUUCCAAAAAUAUCAACAAAGCUCCAGAAAUGCAUCUAAUCUAAUCUUAAACCAAAAUAACAUGAAAUUAGGCAAAAAAUAUCAAAUCAAAUCCAAGAAUACAAACCUAAAACAAAAUGUACAUUUUUCUAAUUUGGACAAUAAAAACAUAUAUAAUUGAGUCAAAAUGGAUUAGAAUCUAAAAAAAUGUAAUGAAAUAAUAUGAAAUUUUAGAGGUUAAUAAUUGUUCCUAAAUUUAGCUUUGAAAAUUUCAAUGGCAUUAGCCUCUUACGCCUCUUCAUCCAAAGUUUGAUGGCAUUAGACAAAUAACAUCCAAUGGUGUUAGCCUUCUUAUGUGGUAAACUUGUUUUUCUAUUACAAAAGCACAGAACUUCAAAACAAUGCAAGCAAAUCCACUCCGUUAUGAUUGCUUCUAGCUUUUCAGAUGACAACUUGUUGCUUAACGAACUCAUUCACUAUAUUGCAUUCUAUCAACCCGCCCUCUUUCCUAUGCUUCCCUUCUUAUUACUAUAUAUUCCCCUAUCAAUUGCUUCUUUAAUAAAAUGAUUGAGGCUCUCUCCUACUUUCCUUACCUUCAUAUAACCCUUUCUUGCUAUGCAAGAAUGCUUCAAAAUGGCAUACAUCUAGAUAAACACACCUUCCCUUUGCUUCUUAAGAUGUUCUCCAAGUCUAAUAUUCAAGAUCCACUUAUGCUUUAUGCUCAAAUUCUUAAAUUCAGGUUACAUUUUGAUCUUUUUGUUUGAAAUGCUUUAAUUCAUGCUUUUUCUAAUUCUGGGUUUAUGAAGUGUGCAUGCCAAGUGUUUGAUAAAAGUUUCUUGUAAGAUGUUAUUGCAAGGACUGCAUUGAUUGAUGGGCAUGCCAAAAAUGAUUGUUCGAGAGAGGUAUUAAGCUACUUUGUGAAGAUGACAUCAACAAGUAAGACUGGCAUUGAUGGGGUAGUCAUAGUUAGCAUUUUUCAUGCAACUACUUUGUCAAGUGAUAAUUAUUUCAAGAUAGAUUCACAGGUCUUAUAUUGUUAGGGCUCGAGUUCAAUUGGAUGCUUAUAUUUGCAGCAUUUUUAUAGAUAUAUAUGUUAAGUGUAGUUAUUAUGAUGAUGCCCGCAAAGUGUUUGAUGAAAUGCCACAUAAAAAUGUAGUUUCUUAAACUGUACUAAUCAAUGAUUACAUAAAAUUCAAGAGGUAUAAAGAUGCGCUUCUUGUCUUCUAA